UUUCAAUUCCACUUGCAAAUAUCUUCACCAGUAAAAGGUUUUUACAGGCAACAUGAAAAUAAAAGCCCUUUCCAGAUCCUCCAGCGAUUACGUUCGUGAGCGAGCACAGGACAUUCACAAGGUGCAAAAAAAUCUUGAUCCCACCGUGCAUCCCUUUGAAAAGGCUAGAGAAUAUGUUCGUGCCCUCAACUCUGUCAAGACCGAAAGAAUGUUCGCCAAGCCUUUCCUUGGGUCUCUCAGUGGUCAUAUUGACGGUGUCUACUCUAUGGUUAAGCACCCACACCGCUUGAACUCCAUGAUUUCUGGCAGUGGCGAUGGCGAGAUUCGAAUCUGGGACAUCUCGGAGCGAGAGUCAAGCUGGACAGUCAAGGCUCACAAAGGUAUUGUGCACGGUCUUUGUCCGUCUCCCAAAGACUCCAAAUUCUUGUCUUGUUCGGCGGAUAGAACGGUUAAAAUCUGGGACCAGAACGAAGGCACCACACCCAUUCACACUUAUAUGGGUAAAUACGCAUUCACUGGAUUGUCACACCAUUAUACCGAUCCUCUGUUUGCUACUUCUGGUAACGCUGUUGAGAUUUGGGACCAAAACCGAUCUGAACCCAUUCAAGAAUUCAACUGGGGUGCCGAUACGACACACACUGUCAAGUUCAACUACACAGAAACAAAUAUAUUCGCAAGUUGUGGCACGGACCGCACCAUUGCUCUGUAUGAUUUGAGAACUUCUCAACCUAUAUCCAAGGUUGUCAUGUCGAUGAGAACCAACGCAAUCGCAUGGAACCCAAUGGAAGCAUUUAUCUUCACAGCUGCUAAUGAAGAUCACAACUGCUAUACGUUCGAUAUGCGAAGAAUGGAAUCAGCUGUAAAUGUCUUGAAGGAUCAUGUUUCAGCGGUUUUGGAUGUAGAUUACUCGCCCACCGGUGAGGAAAUCAUCACUGGAUCUUACGACAGAACACUUCGAUUGUAUAACGCCAGACAAGGUCACAGCAAGGACGUCUAUCAUACCAGGCGAAUGCAGCGUAUUUUCUGCGUUCAAUUCACUAUGGACAGCAAAUACGUUCUUUCCGGCUCUGAUGACGGUAACAUUCGAUUAUGGAGAGCACACGCUGCCGAGAGAAUGGGUAUCAAGAGUGUCCGUGAGCGAGCUCAUCUCGAAUAUAGCGCCAAACUCAAGGAGCGCUACUCCCACAUGCCAGAGAUUAGACGAAUUGACAAGCACCGUAACUUGCCUCAAUCCAUCAAAAAGGCGGAUAGACUCAAGAAACAGAUUCUUGGCAACCGUAAGAAGAAGGAAGAUAAUCGUAUCAAGCAUUCGGCUCCCGGUAGCAUUGAGAGACAGCCAGAGAGGAAGAAAGCUAUUGUUGGUGUUGCGAAAUAAUUUCUGCCUUUUAUCCAUCCAUUCCCAUUCAUGCCAUGUACAAUAUUACCAUCAUCCUCCCCCAUGCAAUAGGAGAAUUGCUCAAGUUUUUGCUAGUUUAUUUUUCAUACAUUUUGCUACCCUUUAUUUUUAAUUGUAGCUGUCUAGAUAAAGAAUUGUUUUCUGGAUUUGUUUCAACCAUUGUGUAAGCG